AUGCGGACACCCCCAACAUUCCCAGUUACGCCUUCGGAGAAGCCCAGCAAGAACUUUAGCACAAUUUUUGCAGCUUUUCUUCGAGUGUCUCGUCAACGCAUCAAUAGCUACAAUAAUCUGGCAGGUCAAUCGAGGAGCAACUCUGGAGAUGGUGAGUCCAGUCGCGGUGGCUUGUUUGGUAAUGGACCAGCUGGGGUUCUAUCCCCACCUUUCAACAGUUCGACGCCUCCUUACAAGAGCCGGGUGCCGAGUAUUCAAGAUUUUGAGAUCAUAAAGCCUAUCAGCCGUGGAGCCUUUGGGUUAGUGUAUCUGGCUAGGAAGAAAACAACCAAAGAUCUCUACGCCAUCAAGAUUUUGAAGAAAGCGGAUAUGGUGCGUAAGAACAUGGUCAGCCAUGUCCUGGCGGAGAGACGCGUCCUUGCCCUGACGCGAACGCCAUUUGUUGUACAGCUGUUCUAUGCCUUUGCAAGCAAGGAUUACCUCUACCUUGUGAUGGAAUACGUGAUCGGUGGAGACCUCAGUUCGCUGCUUGCUGUCUUUGAGUCUUUCGAGGAGGAUAUGGCCAAAAUGUACAUCGCAGAGUGUGUCCUUGCUCUUGAAUAUCUGCAUUCGAACGGCAUCACGCACCGCGACCUCAAACCGGACAAUAUGCUGGUCAAUGCGGAAGGUCAUAUUAAGCUGACCGACUUUGGUUUGAGUCGCAUUACUGUCCCCGAUCAGGAUGAUAUCAAAGCUCUUCUUGGGACACCCGAUUAUCUUGCCCCGGAACUUUUAUUGGGUAUUGGACAUGGUCCCGCUGUGGACUGGUGGUCACUUGGAAUCUGCCUAUUUGAAUUUUUGACGGGAUAUCCACCGUUCAUGGAUGAAGCACCCGAGGCAAUAUUUAAGAAUAUCCUCAACCAUGAUAUACAGUGGCCAGAGUAUGGGCUAUCGUGGGAGGCUCACGACCUGAUCAACAAGCUGCUGAGCAGAGAUCCCUCGCAACGGCCAUCGCCUGCUGAACUAAAGGCGCAUCCGUUCUUCCGGGGUGUUGACUGGGAGAACAUCAGAAACCAGGAGGCGCCAUUUAUUCCCGCACCAAACGACGACAUGGACACUAGCUACUUUGAUGGUAGGAGGAACAUCCAGACUCGGCCUUGA